AUGAAAGUAUUUGGAAUUGACGAUUUAUCAGCAAUUAAUAUUGUCUGUGAUAAAGCCUCGAAUUUUUUAAAAGCAUUUCGAGAUUUACAUCCGAUUACUUGCUAUGGACAUAGAUUGAAUAAUGUUCUUAAACGAUCAUUCUUCCAACAUCAAAAACAAUUACCUACAUCAUCAGCUACUUCUAUUGAAAAAACUUCUACUAGUGAUGAAGAAGAUGAUGAUGAUUCAUUUUAUAUUCCAUCAAAACCGGUAAAAGCAAACAAGAAGUUAAAUAUUUAUACGAACGUCGUAAAAGAACAAAUGAUGACAACAAAAUUGAUUGAUACUCCACCAGCUGUUCAACUAUUGAUUAAAUCAAUUGUUGAAUGUAAAUCGUUGGCAAAAAUACAUCAAAAAAGUAAAUUCAUACACUUCUUUUUCAGCAAAUUAAUCGUAUGAGAUAUGUUGAUUUUAAUUAGGCUGGCUUGAAUAAGGAAAUUGAAGGAGCUGGUGGUGUUGCAGUACAGCAAGCAAUUGUUAUCCGUUGGAUUUCUUUAAUUAAUUUGUUGGAAAGUAUUAAUGCAUCAUUUAUACAGGUAAAAGUCGUUUUAAUUCCUCGAAAACAACACCAAAGAAUAUCCGGUAUUAAUCAGUAUUUGGUGAAACAAACGAUACGUCUUUUAAAGCCAUUUAAAGCAAUCAUUAAAAUGAUACAAUCAGGAUCAAAUCCAACAUUAUAUCUACUUAGGGCAAUCCAAAAGUAGUGGCAGUAGCGCUUCAAUGCCUUAUAAUAAGCUUAAAGAAACUUUCUCUCUGCAUAGUCCGAUAGAGGAAAGAAUACUCUAUUUUUCUAUGCUAUUUGAUCAUACUUCAACUAAUAUCAUAAUAAUAAAAUUUCGAUAAGAUCUGUGUUGUGAUCUUAUGUGCUGGUUAUAAUAAUACUCAUUUUAAA